CUCUCUCUCUCUCUCUAACCCUAGCCCCCCCCCCUCUCUCUCUCUCUCUCUACAGGUUGUUCCGUUCGCCAUGUCGACCUUCGGUCCGAGCUCCGGCGAGCCGGAGGAGGGCCGGAAGACCCGUCCCUACAACCCGUACCAGGACCUCCACGUCCCGAUCAAGAACCUCUACGACCUCCCCACCUCCCCGGAGUACCUCUUCCACGAGGAGGCCCUCAAACCCCACCGCUCCUGGGGCGAGAACCUCCAGUACUACACCGGCUCCGGCUACCUCGCCGGCGCCCUCGCCGGCGGCGCCCGGGGCACCCUCGACGGGCUCAGGUCCGCCGAGCCCGGCGACUCCCUCAAGCUCCGCGUCAACCGCGUCCUCAACUCCGGGGGCCAGGCCGGCCGGCGGCUCGGGAACUCGCUCGGGAUCGUCGGGCUGAUCUUCGCCGGCCUGGAGAGCGGGCUGGUCCACUGGAGGGGGACCGACGACUUGUUGAACAGCGUCGCCGCCGGGUUGGGCACGGGUGCACUUUAUAAGGCGGCAGCAGGGCCAAGAUCAGCAGCAAUUGCGGGGGCGAUCGGAGGGAUUGCAGCAGCAGCAGCAGUCGCUGGGAAGCAGGCAGUGAAAAGAUAUGUGCCAAUAUGAGACGUGAGGAAUUUGGCGAAUUGUGUCCAAAUUAUGUUUUUCCGGUUGGAUUUGCAACAGUUAAAUUCAUAAAAUCGCUGGUUACAUGGUGUAUGUAUCCAAUCUGCUGACUUGACCAUUCAUUGAUGGUGCUCACUAAUCAAUGGAAAUUUUGGUAACUUGAUUGUGACUUUGAAUUGUAUACUUGUUCAGUUGUCUUGAAUAAAUAAAAAUUGAAGUAAGCAUCCCAGAUGCAUAUUCUUUUGGUCU